UAAAGAUGGCAUCCACACGCAUGAUGAACGUUUUAACCCGCAAUCGCAGCUUAUACCGAAGGGUCCAACAGCAUCAUUUGCAAGUCUUGAGGGGAUUAGCUGGAAUAUCGGACAAGUGCGACAGCAAGACGGUGAUCAAGGGCGUGGUGGUGGGCGUGUACUCCAAGGAGGGCGACGGCAAGGAGGUCAAGAUGACGUCCAGCGGCGAGAAGUUCGACGACAGGACGCAGGGCAAGGUCUCCGAGUUGCUGCGCGAAACCGGCAUCAAGGGAGACCUGGGCAAGGGUAAGGUCUUCAUGAACGUGGACGCCGAAUUUCGGGCAGUGGCCGUUGUGGGUUUGGGUCAAGAGGGCGCCGGCUUUAAUGACCUGGAGAACAUUGACGAGGGCAUGGAGAAUGCCCGCGUGGCCGCUGGCGUGGGAGCCCGCGCCCUGCAGCUUCAGGGCUGUACGGAGGUCUUUGUGGACUCCAUGGAGUAUCCGGAACAGGCGGCCGAGGGCAGUGCGCUGGCCAUUUGGCGGUACAACAGCAACAAGCGCAAGCAGGAUCGCACGCAUGUGCCCAAGCUGGAUUUGUACGACUCACCGGAUGUGGAUGCCUGGACGAGGGGUCUCUUCAAGGCUGAGUCCCAGAACUUGGCCAGGAGAUUGAGCGAUUCACCGGCCAAUCAGAUGACUCCCACAAUAUUCGCCCAGUCGGCGGUGGAUGCUUUAUGUCCUUGCGGCGUUUCCGUGGAGGUGCGCUCCAUGGAUUGGAUAGAGACGAAUCACCUCAACUCGUUUCUGAUGGUGGCCAAGGGCAGCUGCGAGCCGCCGGUGGUCCUGGAGGUCAGCUACUGCGGCACGGCGCCCGAGGAUCGACCUAUACUACUCCUGGGCAAGGGAUUGACCUACAACAGCGGUGGGUUGUGCCUGCGUCCCAAGAAUUGCCUGCACAUGUACCGAGGUUGCAUGGCCGGAGCAGCGGUUUGUGUGGCCGCUAUCCGGGCAGCAGCUGCUUUGUCCCUGCCCGUCAACAUCUCGGCGGUGCUGCCGCUCUGCGAGAAUAUGCCCUCCGGAAUGGCCGUGAAACCGGGCGAUGUGGUGACCCUGCUGAACGGCAAGACCCUGGGUAUCGUGGAUGUGAGCAAGGCCGGCACGGUUGUGAUGGCCGAUCCCCUGCUCUUCGCUCAGACCACCUAUAAGCCGCGUCUGGUGGUGGACCUGGCCACCGUGGGCUACGGCGUGUGCGCUGGCCUCGGCGAAUCAGCCGCUGGAAUGUUCACCAACUCGAAUUUCAUAGCCAAGCAGUUCGAAAAGGCUGGUGGCCUCACCGGCGAUCGGCUGUGGCGUUUGCCCCUGUGGCGCUACUUCAAGCAGCUGGUGACCCCGAAUCUCACCUUCGACAUCAGCAACCGUGGACUGGGACCCGCCUCCAGCUGCAUUGCCGCCGCCGUGCUGCACGAACUGGUGCCCUGCGCCGAUUGGGCCCACAUCGAUAUCCGGAAUGUGGGCAUGCUGACGCGCCAUAAUCCGCUGCCGUAUCUGCUCAAGGAUCGGAUGACCGGCAGACCCACACGCACCAUCGUGCAGUUCCUUUAUCAGAUGGCCUGUCCGGACAGCAAGUGA